AUGCCAAGUUCCAGAGAAAAAGAAGAUUCGAAAAAGGAGUUCCAGGAGGAAGGGAAAAAGCCAAAAAUUUCAGAGCAUGUCAUAGCAAAAUUACCUCCAGUGGAUCAGAUUGAUACAGAAAACAAGAGCAAAAAGAACAGGCAAAAAGAAAAAGACAGCAUACCUUCUGCCAAAGCAACUACUGCGGCGACACCAGCAGCCAUACCAACACCCGCAUCUCUACAGCCAGCAGAGCAGCAACCAGCAGAGCAGCAAUCAGUGGCCAUGGUUCAGAUGGGCGGUGGAUUGCCAGCAUUGCCACCUAGACCAUCAGUGCCACAAAGACAGGCGCAAGCCUCCGUUUCAUCUGCAUUUUCCAAUGGUAAAAUAGCACAAAGACUACCCAACGUCAAACAAGUGUCAACACCACAAUUCAAUGUUCCCGCAGGCAGUGAUUUGGGUGCAGUAGGUAAAAUUGGAGCGUAUCAGAUGGCACAAAUAAAACCUAAAAAUACAUCAUCUGCCACACAAAUACAUACAAACAUGAUUUUCUGGGUUUGUGCAUUACUCUUUGUCACCAUGUUCAUUAUGAAGAAACAAUAA